AUGUUGUCCACUCGUACCUUGUCUCCAAAUGCAGGAGUACUGUACCGUCACUGGCUUCGACCGUACGCGACAACUGGUGCCAAACGUUCGAGAAUUUCGACUUGGGUCGAUUCCCCCCAAGUUCCAAUCAUACCAGUACCAUUGAAUUUCUUGGAUGUACUUGGCUUGAGUACGUGGUUAAAGGGUCCUACGAAGCUCUUAUCGGGCGCUUGGGCGAAUGCGCACAGGAGACGUUGUCUCGAUCGUUGCUGUUCGGUAGUUUGCUCUCGUUCGAGGUUCGAGCCACGGGUGCCGCGAAAGAGGACCCAUUGUUUUGUAGAGCAAUUUCUUGUGGAGAAUGGGCUGCGGCGAAUGGACCAGGCAGUACGACUGCGGGAACCACAUGGAGAGUUCUGUGGGCUUGAUGUCCUUUGUAUUUUUACUGUCACUCAAGCUCAGCUCGUUCAAGCUCUUGUAGGUAGCAAAUCAACACUGUCAAAGCCCUUGGAUCGAAUCUCGACAAUGAGUCUCUGGUAA